GUUUGUCUGGUCUUCAUGGUGGGAGAGAUCUUAGGUGGGUACUUUGCUGGUAGUCUGGCAGUGAUGACGGAUGCUGCCCACCUGCUUGUGGAUGUUACCAGUUUCAUCAUCAGCCUGUGUUCCCUGUGGUUGUCGUCCAGGCCUGCCACACACACACUCAGCUAUGGCUGGCACCGCGCAGAGAUCCUUGGUGCCCUCCUGUCUGUCUUCACCAUCUGGCUGGUGACUGGUGUGUUGGUGUACCUGGCUGUGGAACGUCUUAUUAAUGAUAAUUAUGAGAUUGAGGGCACUGUCAUGCUCAUCACCUCUGGCUGUGCUGUGUUGGCCAACAUCAUAAUGGCGCUCACCUUGCACCAGUCAGGGCAUGGUCACUCUCAUGAGGCAAGCAAGAAGCCGCAGGGGAAUGCCAGUGUGAGGGCUGCCUUUGUGCAUGUGAUUGGAGAUCUUCUGCAGAGCAUCAGCGUGCUUGUUAGCGCACUUAUCAUCUUCUUCAGGCCUGAGUACAAGAUUGCAGAUCCUAUCUGCACUUUCCUGUUCUCCCUGUUUGUCCUGGGCACCACCUUUACCAUCAUGAGAGACAUUUUGGUGGUCUUAAUGGAAGGAACUCCAGCGGGUGUGGCUUAUGGAGAGGUGAGAGGACGCCUUCUAUCCAUCACGGGAGUGAAAGCUGUACACAACCUGCACAUAUGGGCCCUGACCAUGAACCAAGUUGUCCUCUCUGCCCAUGUGGCUAUAGAUGAUGGCACAGAUCCACAGGCCAUGCUCAGUGAGAUCACGCAGUUCUGCUUCAGCACCUACAGCUUCCAUUCAGUCACCAUCCAGCUGGAGAAGCAGGCUGACCAGAAGCCGGAGUGCCAUCUUUGUCAGGAACCCAAACACUAAUGCCUCCUCCCCCCAAAGCCCUGAAGUGCAAGAGGCCAGUGCAGUGAAGGGCUUACUGUCAUGUUUACCAGUCAAACUGAUCACUCACUUCUCUACUAAGUACGGACCUUGCACCUCUCUGUUUCUUGUGUUUAAUGAUGGUGCUUUUGUUUA